UGACCACAAGAGGGAGGGACUUAGAAGCAAGACAAUACUGGUGUUUGUGCAACGGCCCCUGAGUGGCGGCUGGCUUUCUCAGAUCUCUCUUGCUUCAUGUCCAGUGCUGCAGCGUCGCUGAGGUGAGAAGAAGGACUGAGAUGAAGUGGCAGAGACAGUGCGAGGGAAGCUGAAUUUGAGGUGCAGCAAAGCAGAAAAGCCAGCUGCAACGCAAACAUCCAGCCCUGGAUUUUUUUGAGGACAGCACAAAGGAAGGCAUCCACCCAGUGAGAGCCGCACAGAAGUGAGUCGUCCUCUUCUACCACAUUAAAAGGAUCUGGAAGGUGUGGGAGGGGGGAGCUGAGCGGCAGUGACACCUUUGGGGGGGGGCGUGCUGAAGAGAACGAGCAUUGGAGCUGGGGAAAAGAGCCCCCAAUCUACCACGAUGGGAGACAAGAAAGUUAGUCUCCCAGCUAAGCUGAUUAAUGGGGGCGUGGCGGGCCUGGUCGGUGUGACAUGUGUAUUUCCUAUUGACCUGGCAAAGACCCGCCUACAAAACCAGCAGGGCGUCCAAGUCUACAAAGGAAUGUUUGACUGCCUGGCAAAGACAAUACGCUCAGAGGGCUAUUUUGGAUGCUACAGAGGUGCAGCAGUAAACCUCACACUAGUCACACCGGAGAAAGCAAUCAAACUGGCAGCCAAUGAUGUCUUCAGACAAAAGCUUUCAAAAGACGGACAUUUACCCCUGUGGGGGGAAGUACUGGCUGGGUGUGGGGCUGGGACCUGUCAGGUGGUGGUCACCACACCCAUGGAGAUGCUCAAAAUCCAGCUUCAAGAUGCAGGACGACUAGCUGCACAAAGGCCCAUGGCCACUCCUAGUCAGACAGCAGCUGCUGGUCCUGCUCCAUCAUUAGUGGCCUCUGCAUCACAAGCCCGGCCGGCUCGUCCCCAACGGCCCUCGGCAACAGGCAUCACAGUGGAGCUGCUGAAGACCCGUGGCCUGGCGGGCCUCUACAGGGGGGCAGGAGCAACAUUAAUGAGGGAUGUCCCCUUCUCCAUGAUCUACUUCCCCCUGUUUGCCAACCUUAACGCAGUGGGUCGUGAGGCAGCGGAGGGCCACGCUGCAGUUCAGGUCAGGGCACCGUUCUGGCAGUCCUUUGUGGCCGGCUGCUCUGCCGGCUCCAUAGCAGCCGUGGCUGUAACUCCGUUGGAUGUGAUUAAGACUCGUCUGCAGACCUUACAAAAAGGUGAAGGGGAGGACACAUACAGAGGGAUUGUUGACUGCACAAGGCGCAUCUUGAGUCGGGAAGGCCCGUCGGCGUUCCUGAAGGGCGCAGCUUGCCGGGCACUGGUCAUCGCUCCUCUUUUCGGUAUCGCACAGGGUGUCUACUUCCUUGGGGUAGGGGAGGCGGUUCUGGGUUUACUGGAAUAACAGUGACUGGCAGUGGUGGCUGUGAUUAUGCUGUCUAAAUACAAGCAGAGAACACACAAAGAAGCACAGCCACACUCUGCUAACCAAAGGAGGAGAAUAACAAAGAUGUUGGACCGGCGGGUUCACUCUAAUAACUGUUAUCUAGGUUUUUACAAGCUGCCAGCAAAGUUCUUAUGGUUAAACAAGGUCUUUUGUAGGUCUGUGUAACUAAUGUGUGUGUGUGUGUGUGCAGAGUCCUGGUUAGCCCAGGGUGCUGAACACCACAUUUGCUUGAGAUAUUAUUCUCAUUUCCUGUAAAUAAAGACCUGAUGAAUAUUUUUACAGCUCCUAAACUAAAAUGCCUGAAAAGUGUGACUGUUUCUUCAGUCUGUGCAACAUCAAGAGGAAGUGACCCAUUUAAAUCAUACCUAAAGCGGUUGUUUAUUAUGCCUUGUUUAAACCAGGAGCUCAGCCUCUACCUGCCCACUCUGUUAUGCGAUCCUCCCACUCUAUUCUGUAGGUCAGAGUUGUAAUCUGGAUUCUUCUGCUGGACUGGGAGGUUCUCCCUGCCAAUCUCUCUAAGGUCAUUUGUUAAUCUGACGGUAAUUCCUUAAUCCCUGUAAUAGCUUACAAUUCAAUUUACAUCACAGCUAAACGUCCUGUUAAAAGGCCACAGGUUAGACUGCAAGACAACACAUUGCCUUCCAGGCAUUGUCACUUUGAAUUUAUAUACCAGUAAUAAUAAAAAAUGCUUUUCCUCCAGAUUUAUGGUCUAAAAUACAUUGCUAUAAAUGAUAUGCGCACAAUGACUAAGGACAAUUCAAUCAACGCCUUAUCAAUGCUGUAUGUUUAAAACUGUAUGAAAAAAAAAUUAAAUAGAAAAUAAGUGAAAAGUUCAUAUUUUCUUUUGAAAGGGUGGCUCUGUUUAGAGGUUAUAAGAAGUAGUAGAAAACUCUCCUAAGGUCUUUACUUCUAUGAAACAGAUCAGCUUUUCAGCUAAAAGCUCAUCCCUGCAGAUAGAAAAAAAAACAAAACAAACAAAUCCAGCUCCAUCAAAAAUCUCCGAGGUCAUCAGGAAAGCUUCUAAAUUCCACCCAGCUGUAAUGUUUGAAAUAAACGGUUAAUAAUAUAGCAGUCUGUGCCAAAAUAUAAGAGAGUUUAAUCAUGUUUAUUUUGUUUCUCCUUACCUGAUUCUCUGUGAUCACCAUUUCUUACGUUAUGGAACGAUGUCAAAUCAGUUAUUGGUCCUAGAGAUAAUUUAAAUCUCUGAGAUCAUUAGAGGAAACACCUGUGGAUGGGUUUGAUGGGAAUGAUCAUCCUGCUUCCUUGUUAGACAUCAGAAAUCAGCAAAGCAGGAGAACUGUCGAUCUCCAUCAGUCCGGUUCAGGUCCAAAUCUCAUCAGUUCUCCUCUAUUCAGUCACCAUGGCGCUCAGGAAGGGGAUGGGUUCUGUGAUGUGAAAUGUCAGGAUUGACCCUAAAACAAAAGCUAAAGACUUUUUUAAGAUGCUCAUGAAGUAAGAAAGUAAUUAUCCACAAGGAAUCGAGUUCUGUACCAACAUGGAUGUAAAUGCCAGAAAAAAUUAAGUGGAAAUACUGAAGCCGAACCGAAGCUCGGACAUAAAUCGUUGACUAAUAACUAUUUGUAUUUAUUUGAGUAACUUUUUGAUUAAACUGUACUUAUAG